AUGAAGAAGACCGGACAACUCGAUCUCUUCGAAUACGCAAAGACGCUAGUCAACGCUCGUCCGCACCUAAUCGACUCAGUUGAUCAAUACAUGUUCAUCUACGAUACGCUGGCCGAGGCAGUGCUGUGCAACGUGCAACCGAUCGCUAUGUGUGAACUGAAGGAUCGGUCGACGAUGUAUAAAGCGAAAAAAGACCGGCAACAGAUCGAAACGCAAGAUAACCACGAGAACAAGUUGCUGCUGACAUUGACACCAACCCUUCGAAUCGGCGACUGUGCAGGCGGGCAUCGCUUGGAAAAUCGAGGGAAGAACCGGGAUGUGAUGGUGGUGCCACCUGACCAUGCUCGUCCGUAUCUCCAGACGCUGCACGGCGAAAGCAAGGACUACACCUACAUCAAUGCUGUCGAAGUAGACGGCUUUACUAGGAAGGGCGAAUUCAUCGUCACGGAAUGGCCAAAGCAGGCCACCAUCGAUUCAUUCUGGACGCUGAUUUAUGAUCAUUCCUGCCAUACUGUGGUCAAUCUCAGCAACCAAGGGAACCCGAAGCAUUACCCGACAUUCAUACACAACAAGGGAAAACACAACUAUGGCCCAUUUAUCGUCGAAGUGCUCAACUAUCACCAGUACCCGCAGAUGACGUCGCAUAUGGUGAAAGUGAUGAAACGGAAGGGUAUGUCGGAUAUUCGGCGGUUGAUGAACGUGCGCAAGAACAAAUCGGAAGAGACGUCGAAGCAGAUUGAGAAGCUGACGUUCAUGAUCUCUGACAUUAUGUCGAGUGGCCAGAGUCAGCAGCAAAUGGAAGCGGAAGUGCGAAUUUGCUGCGUCAUUCAGGUCCGCAUGUGGCCAAUCGAGCACAAGGUCCCUCUUUCCACUACCGGACUCAUCGACGUCAUCAAAAUGGCGCGUUCAUGGCGCAAGCGGGCCCCGGAUCGUCCAGAGACAAAGCCCACCAUCGUCUUGUCACACAAUGGUGUCUCGCGUUGCGGCGUAUACAUCGGAGCAAACAUUUGUAUCGAUCAGAUGGAUAUGGACCACGAAGUGGACGUGUUCCACGCUGUCAAACUGAUGCGCAUCAACCGGCCUCAGCUGAUCGAUAUGAAGGACGAGUACAAAUAUUUGUAUGAUGUGAUGUUGCAUUGGUACAUGACGAACCCUGAGUACCGGAUAUUUGAUAAGGAAGAGCCGGUCGAAGAGGGAAGCGUCCCCAAUAGUCGUCGCGCCUCGAACCGGAAUUCGCUGAAAUUCGGAAGUCGAGCUGGAAGUAUCCGGGACCGCUCGUUGCGUGGCUCAAGAAAGGAGAACCACGUCAACCACUCGAACAGUAUACUGGCGAAACUUGCGCCUCGG